AUGACUGGAACUAGAUUUCGUUCACCAGUUGUGGGCUGUGUUAUUCUAGGCGUCGCCUGUGUUUCCUGUAUCGCAUAUUAUCUCUAUAAGCGUUCUCGUAAGAGGUUUUUUGACCCAAAAAACUUAAUCAAGUCACAAAUUGAUCGUCAUAAUUCAGAGGAAACUCACGAAGAUGAAGCUUUGGAAUCCUCUGAUUUCUCUGAUUUUGUCAUUGUUCAAUCUUCCGAAGAAUUCGAUCAUGAUGAUGAAUUGAUGGAUGUAAAUUUUGAGGAAAUUGAGUUUAUUGAGGAUCGAACCUCAGAUAGUCAUAAGGUAUUUAGGGUAUUUAACCCUAAUAAAAGACUUGGUGAUAGUAGAACACCAAACAGUAACAGUGCCAUUGCUACAGUUAACCAUAGCAAUAAGGAUAAAUCUAAUAAUGUGAAUUCCGAUAAACUAUACGGAAAUACAUACGAAUCCACUUACGGAAAUCCUGAGAAAUCAAACACUAAGAAACAUAUGGAUAAACAUACUAAGAUGGACAAAUCGUAUGGUAACAAGGGUGAGAAAUCACCGGUUCGAAAUGGUAAAAGGGAAAGUUUACCAAAAAUGGCAGAUAAGUAUAGUGAUUUUGGCACUCUUGGUAUAAACGAUGAGUGGACAGUGCUAGACAAUUAUACCAACAUUGAUGGCACUUGCGAAGAAUAUUCCUACGUUGAGAAAACGGUAAGAAUCUUAAACUCUCUCAUUCACUCUUAUAUUCAGAAUAAUUUUUUUUCAGAGGAAAUGGACCUUCAAAAAAACCAAUCUAUUCCAUUAACUACUAAUAUUGGUAUUGACAAUUUAACUAACAAUGGAGCUGACAACCUUAACAAUAACGGAUCUUACAAUGUUGAUAACUGUGAAAUUGACAAGCCUAAUGGAGUUGAGUGUAGUAUGAAUAAGAGUAUAAAUCCAUCAGAAGUGAAGAUAUAUUUGAAGAAUUUUGGAUGUAGUCAUAACAUAUCAGACAGUGAGUACAUGUUAGGGUUAAUUUCAGAGUCGGGAUAUACAAUAACAGAGAAUAUAGAAGAGUGUGACGUAGUGAUAAUUAAUAGCUGUACAGUAAAGAAUCCAAGUGAACAUGCAAUGGUCAAUUAUAUAAACCAAGGACUUAAACUCAAUAAACGCAUCAUAGUCACUGGUUGUAUUCCACAAUCAGAUAAAAAGCAUCCCGUAUUAAGUACAUCAGUUACUAAUGUCCAAUUCCUCAAUAAACUCAAUAAUUCUGUAGGAAUAAUGCAAAUUGAUAAGAUAAUUUAUGUGAUUGAGAAUGUAAUGAAUGGAAAUCGAGUAGUAUUAUUGGAGAAGAAAAGUUUACCAAGUUUAGAUUUACCAAAAAUUAGGAAGAAUAAACUCAUUGAGAUCAUACCGAUAUCGACGGGUUGUUUAGGCUCAUGCACAUUUUGUAAAACAAAACAUAGCAGAGGAGUAUUGAACAGUUAUGAAAUAGAAGCGAUACUGGAUAGAGUAGAAUCAAGUGUCAGUGAAGGAGUUAAGGAAAUUUGGUUAACUUCUGAAGAUUUAGGAGCAUAUGGAAUUGAUCUAGGCACUAAUAUAAUAACAUUACUCUAUUCAAUUAUUAAUAUUCUACCACAAAAUAUUAUGCUAAGAUUGGGAAUGUGUAAUCCACCUUAUAUAAAAAAGUAUAUAAAUGAAAUAUGUGAAAUAUUAUCACAUGAUAAUGUGUUUGAGUUUAUACAUAUACCAGUACAGAGUUGUAGUGACGCAGUGUUAGAGAAGAUGAAUCGUGAAUAUCUAUUGGAAGAUUUUCUAUAUAUAGUCUCUGUAAUUAAAGCUAAAUUGCCAAAUUGUACAAUCGCAACUGAUAUUAUCUGUGGAUUCCCAACUGAAACUGAACAAGAUCAUCAAAUCACAGUACAAACAUUACAACAACUCAAAUUAUCCAUAAUAAACAUAUCACAAUAUUAUUCACGUAAAGGAACUAUAAGUAGUAGUAUGAAAGAAUUGGAUAAUAAUGUCAAGAAGAAUCGAAGUAGAGAAAUAACAAAUGUAUUCAUGUCAUAUGAGAAUAAUUCAAAGUUUAUUAAUUCAGUUUUUAAAGUGUUUUUUAACCACAUGAAUGGAGAUCAACUUGUAGGAUAUAAUAAGUAUUAUAUCAAAGUUAUUGUUAAAGGUUUGGAAAACCCAAAUACAUUUCUUGGAACUGUACAAAAUGUUAAAGUUGUCAAUACACAUAAAUGGCAUCUAGAAUGUAAUUUAAUAACACAAUAA